CUCUCUAGCGGAAGUUCUGGCGCCUAUGACAACAACGACGCCUUUUGUGCUUUAAUUUAGAAAUUUUUAUUUUAUUUUUCCCCCAUUUGCAAAACAUAAACAUGAUUCUGCCAGAUGAACCUAAAGCACAAGAUGUGCCCAAAAUUAUUCAGCCAAGAAAUCACAAAGCUAGAGUCAGUGUCUGGGCUGAUUUGACAGUUGAUGACUUGGACAGAAUCAAUGAGUCACUGAAUGCUGACCACAUCAAAAUGGUACUUGCAGAUAUAUUUCACCUUGACGACCACAAAACAAGUCUUAAAACUGGUAUAGUGAUGGAUCUGUACUACUACACGCUCCAGUUUGCCAGGGAAAAUAAAUUUACCAAGGAGCAGACUUCUGCCUUUUUCUCCAUUGUGAAGAAAACACAUGAAAUCUGCAUAGAGACACCAUUUGGAAAUCUGGAUGAGACAUUCUCUUUCUUCAAAGAAAUGGUUUUGUGCCAUGCUGUUAAUCGACCACCACACAGUAUUGAACUGUUUACUGCGGAUCAGGUUCGGUUAAUCACAGAAUAUACGGUUAACUCCUACUUCAGACAUUUCAAAAUGUACAAAUAUGCCUUCACCCCUAUGGUGCGACUUGAUUUGUCAAUCAACUAUGUUGGUAUUCCACCAACUCCUGUACCUUCAGAAGAAACUGAUACCAGGGUUCUAGACGAUAAGUUACUAGCUAGUCCAAUGGUAACAUUACACGAGAGUCCUCUUGAAAACACUGCAGAGGAUGAUAUUUGGGAUGUUGCUGAUGAAGGAGAAGGGGAACCAGCUGUUGAAGAACCUCAAGUUGAAGAGGAACCAGCCGAACCAGAGAAAACACCCGAACCAGAAUCAGCAGCAAGAAAGGAGCUUCGGGGAAUGAUUCAGACAUAUUUAACCGAAGAGAUUAAAAAGAUGAAAUUAUCCAUGGACGAUCAGUUAAAAACAACAGAAGAGUUAUUAAGCAAAAAGUUAGAUGUUGCUGAAGGGGGAGGGGCCAAGAAAGGAGGCCGAAAUUCUGCAAAAGGAGGCAAAAAGAAAUAAAUGUAGAAUAUCAUGUUAAACAAACUUUUUAAUCUUUUUACCCAGUUGUUAUUGUGAUAUGUAAUGCAAGUUAUUUUGUAAAGAAUAUUCAUAUUUUGAACUCUACUUUGUUUCCAUGAUGGUAAUAAAAAUUAAUACUAUU